AUGGUGUACACCUGUGCAGGUCACCUCAUUAGGAAUCACUUGGCCAAAUCGGUUAGGGCGUUUAAAGGGGAAGGCCCCUUUGAUCGGAAGAACUUAUGGAACGUGUGGACGCAAAAGUAUAGCAGCCAGGUGUACCCCCAGGUGGGGAGGAGUUAUAUUGGAGGGAUUCCCAGCUGGACGGGCCUAAAAACUAGCAAUGUGUGUGCACCCCACCACAGAGGCAUAACCAGCUGCAGUGGUACCCGCUUGGGAAAGCAGAACAGCGAGGAGAGCUUCUUCGAAGGAGAACACCUAAACAGAAAGUUAGGAGGUUAUGGAUACCCCAUGAUGUUCAUCGUAACUUACGAUCGACCCAGCUGGCAACCAUUCUGGGAAAACGAAUACGAGGUUAUCCCGAGAGACGAAUUUGGAGUUCCUGCCAGUAUCCCUCCAGAGGUCUCCACACAGAUUAAGCACACCUACUAUGUGCCCCCCCAGUUUUAUACCUUUCUGAAAAAAUUAGGAGAUGACACAGAAGAGUUGAAGCCAUACAUGCAUAAGUUGAUCCGGGGGGAAUUCACCUAUGAUGAUUAUCAGGAAAUGUUUUAUAAAUUUGCCAAACCGUUGAAAAUUUUUAGGAGCAAGAUUCCCUUACCGUAUAGAACUGCAGAAGAAAUGGCAAAGGAGGAAGAAAUGAAGUGGGAGUCUGCUUGGUAUACUUACAGACAGAAAAUGCUAGCAGAGUAUAACGUUACAAUGUGCUUGCGUGAGUUCAUCCUUUAUAUGACGGUGGGUCUAUACUUUGCGUACUUGUGGCUGGACGCACUGAGGCAGUACCGGUUGGACAUGAAGCUGUUCUAUUUGGAGGCCCCCGAGCAUAAGAUCAACUGGGUCAAGCCGAGAGGUGACCUAGUCUAA